CUAAAACCAGACAAUUUCCUUUAAUUAGGAUUCGACUUCACAAGUCACGCCAUUUAUCCCACUCUUCCGUCCCUUGAGCUUCUGGAUCCAACUUCUCCCCAUUUUAUUCCACUCUUCAUUCGGCUUCAGCUUCAACUUCUCGGGGCAUUAUGAGUGGUACGCCUAAUAAGAGGGUGCAUGAAGAUAGUGGAGGUCAUUCCUCCCUUUCAAGGUAUUCCCAUCCCCAUCCCCAUGCGCAGGAUGAUUCUGGGACAUAUCCUGGAAUGGGGGGAUCAAAGGCGCCAAAUCCUUCAGCUCCCAGUGAUUACCAUCCUUCUUCCUUUGAUAUUGGGCAGGAUUCCCGCAUGCCAAAAGUCCCUAGAACUGAAAUACGAGAAAUGGAUAGUAGAAGGUCUCCAAUGGUUCAGAUGUAUCAUGCCCAAUCUGAUCAUGAAGACAGAGUUGAAUUGAGAGAUUCUAGAGAUAACAUUAUGAAGAUUGAGAGCCAAGGUGGUAAAAGUGAUAAAGAUGUUGGUAGGUAUGAGAGAGAUGGUAUUGGUUACUCUGAUUAUAGAAAUGAUAAGGAUACGUACAAUCCAGUGAAUAGUCAUAUAAACUGGAAAGAAUCGAAAGAGCACCACAGGACAUGGAAGUAUCCGGAUACAUCAGGAUCAGGUGGAAACCUGGAUUCAUGGCAUGUGCCACGUGGUACUAAUGUUCAUGGACAAGUGGAAAUAGGGACCACAGAAGAGAAGGAUUAUGGGGAAGCUCAUGAGGGUGUUAGUGAGAACAAAGUUGAGAGAGAUAGGAAAAGGAAAGAUGUGAAGCAGCGUGAAUGGGGAGAAACAAACAAAGAGAUGAAAGAGAUAACAAAGGAAGAAAAAGAAAGCGAGAGAAAGGAUGUACAAAAGGAGAAGGAUAAAACGAGAGAGAAAGAGAAAGAGAAAGAGAAAGAGAAAGAGAAAGAGAAAGAGAAGGAAGAUGUUGUUGAACAGGAAAACAUAGGAAUGGAACAGAGUAGGAAACAGAAAAGUGGAGAUGUAUGGAAGGAGUUGGAUAUUGAAGAGGAAAGAAGCAAAAAAGAUUCAGAUGAUGGUGUUGAUAUUGAAGGAGAAAGGGAAGCUUUUAGCUAUGGUGUUCAACAGAGGAAGAGGAUGCUUAGACCUAGGGGCAGUCCACAAGUUGCAAAUAGAGAUCCACGCUAUAGAUCUCGCCCUCAGGACAAUGAUAAUGGGAAAGGUGAUGUGUCAAGUGUGAUAUACAGAGUUGGUGAAUGCAUGCAAGAAUUGAUCAAAUUAUGGAAGGAAUACGAAUCAUCGGCGCCUGAUAAAAUGUCUGAAACCUCACAGUCACAGUCACAGACACAGACAGGACCCACUCUUGAGAUCCGUAUACCUGCUGAACAUGUUUCUGCUACAAAUCGCCAGGUUAAAGGUGGGCAGUUAUGGGGUACAGACAUAUACACGGAUGACUCGGAUCUUGUUGCAGUUUUAAUGCACACAGGCUACUGCCGCCCAACUGCAUCUCCUCCUCCCCCUGCUAUUCAGGAGUUACGUGCUACUGUCAGAGUACUUCCUCCACAAGAUUGUUAUGUUUCUACACUGCGAAACAACGUUCGUUCUCGUGCAUGGGGGGCUGCUAUUGGUUGUAGUUUUCGUGUAGAGAGAUGCUACAUUGUCAAGAAAGGUGGUGGGACAAUUGAUCUUGAACCUUGUCUUACACAUACAUCCACUGUGGAGGCCACUCUUGCUCCUGUGGUUGUGGAGCGCACAAUGACUACUAGGGCUGCUGCUUCGAAUGCCCUUCGUCAACAAAGAUUUGUGCGUGAAGUUACAUUACAAUACAACCUUUGCAACGAACCUUGGAUCAAGUAUAGUAUAAGCGCGAUAGCUGACAAAGGUCUGAAGAAGCCUCUGUUUACGUCUGCAAGAUUGAAAAAAGGAGAAGUUCUCUACUUGGAAAGCCGUACACGCAGGUAUGAGCUGUGCUUCAAUGGAGAGAAGAUGGUGAAAGCAGGAGGAGGAAAUGAUAUGGAGACAGCAGCAGCAGAGGGUGGUGGUGGUGAUGGGUGUUUGGUGGAUGUUUUCAGAUGGUCUGAAUGUAAAAAGCCUCUUCCUCAGACAGUCAUGCGUGCCAUCGGCAUCCCAUUAUCACCUGAACAUCUACAGGUUUUGGAAGAGAAUCUUGAUUGGGAGGACAUCCAGUGGUCACAGACGGGUGUUUGGAUAUCUGGAAAGGAGUAUCCUCUUUCCAGGGUGCAUUUUCUAUCGCCUGUGUAAAAUCAUCCAUUUUUUUUAAACACGAUUGUGGUGUUCUGUGUUAAACCUAACCACUUAACAUGUUUUAAUAUUUCAAAACAUGACCAUUGCCCUUGCUUUUUAGUAUUUAUUAAUUAAAUGCUACAUAUUUACA